AUGCGUGUUUUUCCUUCUCUAGUCUUGUGCUCUUGCUUAGCGACUGCAGUCCUUGCAUUUGGCUCCUCGUCAUGCUACUACGCCAAUGGCACGGAAAUCAGCAACACCGAGAUUAAGCAAUGCUCAGAUGGAGUCACAACAGUAUGUUGCGCAUUAAACCGAGAGAACACACCAGGGAACGAGACGAAUGAGAUGGGCUGGACUCAGGAUGAGUGUGUGCCCAACGGUCUGUGCCAGAAUCGCUAUAUGACAGAUGGUGUACCGCAGACGACCUGGUGGCUCGAAUACUGCACGAAUCCGGACCCGACGAGUAGCGAAUGUUUAGACGUGUGCCGACACACUCGCGAUGCAGCUGGUGGCUCGAGAAUGACACCGUGUGGAGCUUCUUCAAAUGGUGGCUACAACGCAUUGGACGAUACCCGAGAUUCUACGAGGUGGUGUUGCGGCGACAGUGACUCAUGUUGCACCAACAACAUCGAUGUCGUCGAGUUACCAAGGAAUUUUACUGGACAUGCGGUGACGUCGAGCGCUUCUUCCUCUUCCUCGACGCCUACAGCCUCCAGCACAUCAUCAUCCCAAGCCUCGCCGACAUCGUCGCCUACGCCGACCGACACCAAAGCAUCGGAGGCAGGGAAUAAUGGUCUAUCUACAGGAGUCAAAGCAGGAAUUGGUGCUGGCGCUGCUGUCGGUGUCAUUGCAAUCUUGCUUGCGGCUUUCUUCGGCCGCAAAGCGUACGGAUACCGGAAGCUGGCGAAGCAGCGCGAGGCAGAAGACAAGUAUGCAUUGCAACCUCAUCUCUACGGGCAAGAACAUAAAUACGCACAUACAGACUUUGCGCCUUCUGAAUUGUAUUCAAAUACGAGUACACAUCCAGCAGAAAUGCCAAGUUCAGAACAACCGAGAGCACCCACCGAACUUCCGGGGUCGCAUGAACGAUACGACCAAAAUUGA